UUGUGGCUUCUUUCCGUGCCGUCGGAGUCUUUGUAAAUGGAUUACAAGAUGCAUGCCAAGUCCAACGAUUUGCUGGAUUUCCAAAAACUGGAUGCCCUCCUGGAAAAGAUUGCACAUUCGGUGUCUGUGAAAAGAGAGUCCAGCGAGGAGUGCAAUGGGAUCAGUGGUGCUCUGUCAGUGGAGUCUGUGCCGGGGCCAAGAUUGAACUGGUGCACUGCCAACAGCGCUCCCCCUGCCCUCGCUCCAGCCCCUGCAGCGGGGCCCGGGCCCAUGCCCAUGCCCAACCCAGUCAGGAUGGGGGACGGCCUGGACGCUGCGCAGAUGUCGGGCGGCAGCAGUAGCAGCAGCGGCGGCGGCAGCCAAGGGCAGCCCCAGACAGUUGGCAACCCCCCACCCCCGGAAUACAUCAACCUUGACAGGCCCAAGCGCCAGACCAACCAGCUGCAGUACCUGCUCAAGGUGGUGGUGAAGUCCCUGUGGAAACACCAGUUUGCCUGGCCCUUCCAUUCACCGGUGGAUUCAAUCAAACUCAAUCUUCCUGACUACUACACAAUAAUUAAAAACCCCAUGGACAUGGGAACAAUCAAGAAAAGGCUUGAAAACAGCUACUACUGGAAUGCCCAAGAAUGUAUCCAAGACUUCAACAAGAUGUUUACCAACUGCUACAUGUACAAUAAGCCUUCGGAUGACAUAGUCUUAAUGGCUAAGGCGCUAGAGAAGGCUUUCCUCCAAAAGGUCGCCGACAUGCCUCAGGAAGAAAUUGAGAUUGCGGUCAUGACAGGGAAGGGCCGGGGCCGAGGUCGCAGAGACGCCGGUCUCAGCUUGAAACCGGGGGCCAUCAUCGACCCUUCCUCCACAACCCCUCAAACGCGAGGUCUGUCAAGCCUCUCGACAGCACCUCAGACCAGAGGACCGGCACAGGGCCCGCCUUCACUACCUCCUCAGCCUUUAAUGCAGGCCCUCCCGUCCCACGUUCCCCCGACGUUACCGGGCCACGCGGCACAGCUAGGAGCGCCCUACUCUUUGGGCCAAUUGGAUUGCACUCUUCAAGUUCCCAUGAUGACCUCCGUGCCUCCCCCCGUUCAGACCUCCCUCCCGCCGGCAUCCAUCCAGAGCACCGCCCCCAUGCUGCAAAACCCGAUCACCAUGACCAAACAAAGAAAGAGCCAGAAAAGAAAAGCGGACACUACAACACCCACAGCCAACGACCAGCUCAGCGAGUCCUCCCCAGCCGAAUCCAAGUCGGGGAAGACGCUGCCCCGGCGGGAGAGCAGCCGCCCCGCCAAAAUGGUCAAGAAAGAGGCGCCGGACUCGCAGCAUCAAGUGGUGAUGGGAACGGGCAUGAGCGGGCCCAGUAGUAGCCAUAGCCCCGUCCCGCAAGACCAACUGGGCUACUGUUUGAGUCUGGUCAGAGAGAUGCUGUCCAAGAAACACACGAUGUAUGCCUGGCCCUUCUACAAACCCGUCGAUGUGGCCGCGCUCGGGCUGCACGAUUAUCACGACAUCAUCAAACAUCCCAUGGACCUGAGCACCAUUAAGGCCAAGCUGGAGAACAGACAAUACCGGGAUCCCCAGGAAUUUGCUGCCGAUGUCCGGUUAAUGUUUUCCAACUGCUAUAAAUAUAAUCCGCCUGACCACGAGGUGGUGGCGAUGGCACGCAAGUUGCAGGACGUGUUUGAGAUGCGCUUUGCCAAGAUGCCGGACGAACCAGAGUCCAAACCCCUCGCCUCCGUCCCAGCUCCUCCGCUCCACCACCCUGCCCCGGUGAAACCCCAGCCUCCGAUGGGCCGCGUCGCCUCCUCUUCCGACAGUUCCAGCGACUCCUCCUCCGAGUCCGAGUCUUCAACCGACGAUUCGGAGGAGGAGCGAGCUCAGCGGCUGGCCGAGCUCCAGGAACAGCUGAAGGCUGUCCACGAGCAGCUGGCUGCCCUUUCCCAGCCUCAAGCCAGCAAACCAAAGAGAAAAGAGAAGGAAAAGAAGGAGAAGAAGAAAGACAAACACAAGAAGAAAGUUGGCAUCCCCAGCCUGGUUGACGAGAUCCAGGAUGCCGCACCUGUUUCCCAGCUGUCGAAAAGGACCAAGAGCAGUACAAAUAACAACAAAGAGCUACCCAAGAAGAAAUCCAGUAAAAAAGAGGCAACGAAAAACAACCAGCCCCCCAACCUCCCGCCCGUUCUCUGCCUGGAAGAAGACCUGGCGGGUUCUUCGGCUUCGUCGGAAAAGUGCAAGCCCAUGACGUACGAGGAGAAGAGACAACUAAGCCUGGACAUCAAUAAGCUUCCCGGUGACAAACUGGGCCGCGUGGUCCACAUCAUCCAGUCGCGAGAGCCCUCGCUCAAAAACUCCAACCCCGACGAGAUUGAGAUCGACUUUGAAACGCUCAAGCCUUCCACUCUGCGAGAGCUGGAGCGCUACGUGUCCACGUGCCUUCGCAAGAAAAAGAAGGGCGGAGCUGAGAAGUCUAUGGAGGCCAUGGUUUCCACCAAAAAGACCGGAUCUUCUUCGGACAGCAGCGGCUCCAGUUCCGAGAGUGAAACCGAGGCUCCGGGGAUGGUCAAACCGCAAAAGAAGAAGGCUCAAUCUGUGAAGGAGGGGAAGAAGACGCAUUCACAUCUACAGACUGCCCCCGCUCAGCCUGCGCUUCAUCCGCAAGCGGCGGCGUUUCAGCCUCAGAUGAAGCAGCAUCAGGCCCCUCCCGUGGAGUAUAUGCCUCCUCCCGUAACCGCCCUGGAGUCUUCCCAGAUGCUGGAGAACAGCUUUGAGUCCUUGCCGUCGUUCAGCCAGCCCCUCAUGCAUCUUUCCCACCAUACGGGAAACGCUUCGUCCCCCGCGCCGCCUCAGCUCAGCGCUAACACCGCUGGGCCGGUGUCCCCCGAGACGCACCCCUUCCUCACCCAACAUCCGAUCCUCCCCUCUCCAGCCUUGCACAGUUCCAUGCCUCAGCAGCCGUCUCGACCGAGUCACAAGGCGGCGCCUCUUCAUCCCAAACUUUCCCAGCACCAGCCCGCGCCUCCUCAGCAGCAGCCAGCGUUACAGCAGCAGCAGCAGCAGCAGCCAACUUUGCAGCAGCAGCCCACAUUGCAGCAACAUCCGCCUCUCCUGCCCCAGUCAGCACCUGCGCCGCAUCAGCUGCCCCCGCAGAUCCUUCAUCCCCCUCAGCCCAUGCACCAGAGGCCCCUCUCCCCGCCAACACUCACGCCUCAGGGCUUGCUGUCUUCCCAGCCUCCCCAGAUUCUGCUGGAGGACGACGAAGAGUCGGCCUCCUCCACGCCCCUUAACCAAGUGCAACUGUACCUGCAACAGUUCCAACAAGGCCGCCAGCCCCAGCAGUCCAUGCAGUCGCUGCAGGCGCAAUCUCGUCAGCAGCAACAGCAGCAGCAGCAAGCGGGACAGUCAUCCCUGCUGCAGUCUGUCCAGGGCCAACCUCAACUCUCCUCCCAAGCCACGCUGCCCACGGCCCAGCUUCCGCUUCAGGCGCAGGCUCCGGUAGCCCCGCCGCAUCAAGCCCCGUCCCAACAGAUGUCCCUCCACCAGAGCCGCCACCUGCCGCACAGUCAGCCGCAAGCUCAGCAGCAAGCUCAGCAGCAGCAGCUGAGUUACCAGCAGGUUGCCACGCUCAUCGGUCAGUCUCAGGGGCCUUCACACAAGGUGGCCAUGCCCAGCAACAAAGCACAGCAGAUCAUCCAGCCCCCGGAGCAGUUGUCCCCGCGGCCGCCGCCGCCCAAGCCUGACCUUUUCAUCGCAGGUCACAUGAGGGAUAACCCAUCCCCUCUCAUGAUGCAUUCCCCGCAACUUCCUCAGUACCCUCCCGUGUCUCACCAGUCUCCGCCUCACAAUAUGCAGCCCAAAAAGCAAAGGGUCCCCGUCAAUCAAGGAGUACUCAAAGAGGACAAACUUCCCCCCUCACCGGUGAUGAGAGGAGAGCCUUUCAACCCCGCCAUCAGGCCCGAGCAUCACAAGCAUCCCGACAGCAAGCCCACUCAGCAAGGCCUCGGCCAACAGAAUGUGAAGUCCAUGGACAGCUCUCGGCCCGUCAUCCGCUCCUCUGAGCCAAGCGGACCGCCGCCGCCGCCACCCCCCGCGCCAGACAAGGAGAAGUUCAAGCAAGAGUCCAAGGCACCCACUGCACCCAAAAAGGAUGUGAAACUGAAGAACAUGGGCUCGUGGGCCAGCCUGGCCCAGAAGUCCACGUCGACGCCGAUGUCCGCCGUCAAGUCCUCGAGCGACAGCUUCGAGCAAUUCCGCCGGGCGGCCCGCGAGAAGGAGGAGCGGGAGAAGGCCCUGAAGGCGCAAGCCGAGCAGGCGGAAAAAGACCGCAUGCGCAGAGAGCAGGAUAAACUGCGAGGUCGGGAUGACGACGACGUGCUGGAGACAAGCAGGAGGGUGCACGAGGAACCGCGCCGGCGUCUGGAGCAGCAGCAGCAGCAGCAGCACAUGCAAGUGCCCCCACAGCAGCCCGAGCCUCAGCCAGCUGUGAUCCAAACGCCCCCGCAGCAACCCCAGCAGCAGCAGCAGCAGCCGCCCCCGCAGCCCCCAACGCCGCCUCAGCCUGCCGCCGUACACAGCCCGCUCGACCAGCAGAGGGAGCUGGCGCGCCGAAGAGAGCAAGAGAGGAGGCGGCGAGAAGUGAUGGCAGCAACGAUUGAUAUGAAUUUCCAAAGUGACUUAAUGGCGAUCUUUGAGGAGAACAUCUUCUGAGGAGGCAACAAAGACAAGUAGUGGAA